GUCUUUAUUGACUGACGGCUGACCCCUACUUGUGACAUAUAUCUCGUCUUCUUCGUUCAUUCCCACGCGUAAUUCCAUUUUAAACCUCUACGCAAAUUCUAUCACUUUUUUUUUUGGUAUAUAUAAAUUCUUGCAUAUAUUGUACAAAGGGUCUGGGUUUUUAUAUAUAAAUUCUUGCAUUGCACGUAAAGAAAUACAUGGAGGCGCUUUUGAGUCCGUUCAAAUCGAGCGGCGGCCGGAUUAGGAUGGCGUGGCGGAGGAGAACUUACAGGCGCGUCGACGGAGCCAGGAAGAAGAACUUGAGAGUUACGAGGUUUGGCUCCAGGCCGCCGAGGCUGCAGUGGAGGAGGCUCCUGUCGCCGCCGGUGAGGCUCUGGACGAGGCUCAAGAUGAUGCUCAGUUUCGCCGGAGGGAGUCAACUCUCCCGCCGGGAAAGGUUGACCGGCGGGAACAAGGCCGACCGCCGUUCCUCAAAGAUUGGGUAUACCAAGACAGAGUUCGAAAACAGGUUGAUAUAUGAGAUUUACAAGUCUGUUGUGCCAUCCAUGGAACUAUACCCCAAUAAACCCAUGUCCCCGUAACCAGAUUCGCCGAAAAGAGACCCGAGCCUUUCUUUUCCGAAUCUGGUUAUGGGU